GUGACGUAUGAAAUCAUCAGAUAUUGCUUAUCUGAGAUUAUAGAUUUUGUUUUUUUUAAUGAAUUUGGAAUCAAAUUGGUAAUCAUCAAAAUGUUGUCUGUCGGUUUGGCUGUUUUCAUCAUCAGUGCUGUCUCUGCACUCGCAGAAGAUGUUGUCAUCAGCAAGAUGGGUUCUGACAUCCGUUACCAGUACUUGCAAGAUGACAACGGAGCCCUAACACUGACUGACUCCUGGCUGACCAAAAUAUCGGCUGAAAACAUUCCCUUCUACUGGCCAAGGAGGGAUAAUGAAUUCCAUUUAUUCACCAGGGCAAAUCCUACAGUGAGCCAGCCUCUUCUCCAUGGAAACGAAAACGUCUUCGCUGCGUCCAACUUCAGUCCAAAUAGACCCACGAUCAUUCUCCUCCACGGCUACCGAGGAUCGGCCACGUCAAAUUCCAACUUGGUUUUAGUACCUGCUUACUUAGCAGCAGCCGAUGUCAAUGUAGUUAUUGUGGACUGGAGUAAAGGCGCUAAUGCGUCACCGAUUCUAACGCCAAUGUACGCAUCUUUGUCAAGUCUAAAUACCGCCUUCUUCACACUGUGGCUCAGUAACGUAUCCGGUCAGCCCCUCAGUGAGUUCACGCUGGUCGGAUUUGGACUAUCUGGUCUGAAAGUUGGACAAAUUGGCCGACUGCUCGAGCGACGCGUUGGGAAUAUUGUUGCCCUGGACCCAACCUUCGGGCCGCGCCUCCACGAGCUUCUCCCCAUGGUGCGUCAUGAUGACGCUCGCCACGUGGAAGUGGUCCACACCAACGUUGGGAACCUCGGCUUCAUCAGACCCAUGGGGAAGGUGGAUUUCUAUCCCAACGGUGGUAUCAAUAUGGCGGGUUGUGGGAGAGACGAUGACUGCGACCAUAACAGGGCAUUUUUCUACUGGGCAGAGUCCUUGACCAGUGGAGGUUUCAUCGGCGUUCAGUGUCAAGAUUUUGAAGAGGCACUUAACCAGGAAUGCACGGGACCAGCCACCCUGCCAAUGGGUGGAUUGGGCCCCAAAACUGGGGCGUCUGGUAUAUACAGUCUACGCACCAACCCAGCGCCUCCAUUCUCCCUCUAAAUGUUAUUGAUUUCAUUAUAAAUUAAAUAAAAACUGAAAUUUA